UAGCGGUAGAAUGUAGGUCAGCUAAGGAAAGGUAGUUUUUGUGCACCAAAUACUAUCUUCAUUUAUUUUUAAAUAGCCCUCAGACCGCGGCGAUAUUUUAGUGAUCUUUCACGUCCAUGAAUGUGGCAAACUUAAGUUGUAUCAGUCGACCUUUGUAAGUGAACAUAGCAGAUUAUUUGUCGUGUUUCUUGUGGCUGUAUAGACCGGGACUACAAUCUCCAUUUCAUCCAGCAAGCCUUAAGGGCGGCGAUGGGGGAGGCCGGUAUUGUCUUCAUUGGAUAUAUUCUGGCAAUAUCGCUGACAGUCACAUCCUUCCAGAACAUUGGUAGUAUCUGGGAUGAAGUCCAAACAAGGAAAAACCCGUGUCGUGACACAACAUGCGGGAAAGGGCAGAAUGUCUGCGAAUGCUUCCUGACAGUUUCCCAUCGUCUUACCAUGAUGAUAGAAGAGGAGCGGUCUCUAGUUGUUCCUAGAGGAGGCCAGCUUUAUGAGUAUAACAAACCGAAUGAGCCUAUCAUAAAAGCAGACCAAAUACCGUACAUCUUGACGGCAGAUGCCAACAAUUCUCGACUCGUAAUUAGCGUAAAUCGGCUUUUCCCAGGACCACAGAUCACGGCGUAUGAGGACCAGACCUUGAUCAUCCACGUCCGAAACCUGAUGGACACAGAUAGUACUACGGUUCACUGGCAUGGAAUGCACCAACAGGGAUCAACUUAUGCGGAUGGCGUUGCCAUGGUAUCCCAAUGUCCACUAGGACACGGCCAGGAGUUUACUUACAAGUUUAAGGCCAAGCCGCAUGGCACCAGUUUUUACCAUGCCCACAUCGGUGAUCAGAGAACAAUGGGUUUGUAUGGAGCUAUUGUUGUAUAUCCAAAACUGGAACUUCCGUCAGAAACAAGAGACGAACAUGUUGUGAUGCUGCAGGACUGGAACCACGAAGACGACGCAUCCACAUUAUAUCAACGCAUGUUGUACGGUGUAUAUGACCAGAGGAAGAACAUACCGUACAAUACAACAUCUUCGGUCGACGGUGGCAUGUACAGUAGAUACAGAUACCAUUCGGGAUUGGUGAAUGGGAAAGGUCGUUACUACAAGAGUUCUACUAAACAUAACGAGGCUCCGCUGACUGAAUUUGAUGUGGCUCCAAAUAGGAACUACACCUUCAGGGUGAUCAGUGCAGCCACUCUUUAUCCAUUCCGUGUGUACGUGGAAGGCCACCCGAAAAUAACAGUUGUUGCCUCGGACGGAUUCGCAUUGAAACCCAUGAUUGUGGAAUCGUUCAUCAUCAAUCCAGGAGAAAGAUAUGAUUUCGUACUGUUCACAGACAAGUUAGAGAAACCAAAAGGUAACUAUUUACUUGUUGCACAGACACUGGAAGUCGAAAGUGAAAUCACUAAAAGAGGCGAGUACCACGUUGCGGAAGCCAUCAUUCAUUACAUAGGAAGUACCCGGAACUUAAACCCAGGUAAGGCCAAUAAAAAUCCGUGUACCUCGACAGACAAAUGCGUGAUAUUUAACUGUCCCUAUCUUUUUCCUGAAAGUAAAAAUGAAAUUUGUUUGACAUAUAAUGACGCAAGAACAGAUGAUUUCAAUUCUCGGCCGCAAGAUGUCAGCACCAUCGAUGAGGAGUACUUCUUUAAUUUUGCUUUUCCGGGGCCUGUUGGCUAUAUGGAAGGAUCGGUGAAUGGCCGUCAAUUUGUACCUCCUGUGGCUCCUAUCUACUCACAGCCCGAAGACGUCAACACUGUCUGUGAUCUGAACUGUGAGGACACAACAUGCAGAUGUACAUACACACAGGAAAUAGAGAAUGGAAAGGUAUACCAAUUUACACUGACCAACCUCGGAAAUGGGAAAGGGUGGUCACAUCCGGUGCAUUUACACGGCCAUUCAUUUUACAUCAUGAAGAUGGGGUUCGGACAGUACAAUGCCAGUGGCUUUUUGAUUGAUUCAACCCCGGAUAUAUCAUGUUCGCGCGGAUCAAAGGGAUAUUGUAACAGUCCUAUCUGGGCUAACGCCAGCUGGAAUGGAGGAAAUGUACCGGGACGUGUCCUUGAUAACACUGCACAGAAAGACACCAUCAUCGUUCCCACGCACGGAUACGUCGUCAUCAGAUUCAGGGCAGACAACCCAGGGGCCUGGUUCUUUCAUUGCCAUAUUGACCUCCACAACACUAACGGAAUGGGGAUGGUGAUUAUUGAAUCUCCUGUGAAGUAUCCGAAGGUUCCGAAUGAUUUCCCGGUUUGCGGAGAUUUUAAAGAGGAAAAUGAGGAUGAUGAUGAUGAUGACAACAAAGAUGAGACGGGACCCGGAUUUGGAGCUGGAAUAGGCGCAGGCAUAGGAAUUACCGUUGGUGUCGUUCUUCUGAUUGGCCUCGGUAUCGUAGUGGCAAGAAAAUUAUUUUUUUAAGUUGUUUUGAGGCAAAAUUAGCUCGUAUACAUGACCACAGGGGAUGCCAUUGUUGGUAAAUUUUAAUCUAUCCCCCAAAACGUCUCAAUGUGUACUUUACACACUAGGAGAGGUCCGAAUACUUGUAGACUGUGACUAAUUCUCAAGUCCCUGUGCUCAGGGACAAUUUAAUGUGCGACAAGAGGUCAACAUAAACUACAAUGGCAUAAUACAAUGUAUAAUUUUGUACAGAAUAGUAUUUAAACAAAGUAUGUAGUAAUCAUACAAUAGUACUUAUGAUAUUAACAUAUAUGUUUUAAAACAUAUCAUUUCAAUAUUUUUACAAUAUAUAUUUAUAUAUAUAUAUAUUACAAAUUGAUGUUUGAGAAUCACAAAUAUGCUUUACCACGGGAAGAUUUAUCAAUAUCAGCAUACCACUUUUGCAUAAAUUGAUCUUUCAGAAUGGUUUUUAGACGUAAUUUGAGGUAAUUUUUAUUCAUAGUGCAAAUAUUUUGAUGUAACCAAACGUAACUUAAUC